GUCGGAAAGUCUCCGGAGCUUGCGCCAGGCUUUCCGCGGCGCCCCGGGCUCAGACGCAGGUCUCCGGAGCGAGCAGGGGAGAAGGCGUCGUUGCCGGAGCUGAGACCGGGCGGCCGGAGUCCGCAGGGAUGAACCUCGAGUUGCUGGAGUCCUUUGGGCAGAACUAUCCAGAGGAGGCUGAUGGAACUUUGGAUUGUAUCAGCAUGGCCCUGACUUGCACCUUUAACAGGUGGGGCACACUGCUUGCAGUUGGCUGUAAUGAUGGCCGAAUUGUCAUCUGGGAUUUCUUGACAAGAGGCAUCGCUAAAAUAAUUAGUGCACACAUCCAUCCAGUCUGUUCUUUAUGCUGGAGUCGAGAUGGCCAUAAGCUUGUGAGUGCUUCCACUGAUAACAUAGUGUCACAGUGGGACGUUCUUUCAGGCGACUGCGACCAGAGGUUUCGAUUCCCUUCACCCAUCUUAAAAGUCCAGUAUCAUCCACGAGAUCAGAACAAGGUUCUCGUGUGUCCCAUGAAAUCUGCUCCUGUCAUGUUGACCCUUUCAGAUUCCAAACAUGUUGUUCUGCCGGUAGACGAUGACUCCGAUUUGAACGUGGUGGCAUCUUUUGAUAGGCGAGGGGAAUAUAUUUAUACGGGAAAUGCAAAAGGCAAGAUUUUGGUCCUAAAAACCGAUUCUCAGGAUCUUGUUGCUUCCUUCAGAGUAACAACUGGAACAAGCAAUACCACGGCCAUUAAAUCAAUUGAAUUUGCCCGGAAAGGGAGUUGCUUUUUAAUUAACACGGCAGAUCGAAUAAUCAGAGUUUAUGAUGGCAGAGAAAUCUUAACCUGUGGAAGAGAUGGAGAGCCUGAACCCAUGCAAAAACUGCAGGACUUGGUGAAUAGGACCCCGUGGAAGAAAUGUUGUUUCUCUGGGGAUGGGGAAUACAUAGUGGCAGGUUCUGCCCGGCAGCAUGCCCUGUACAUCUGGGAGAAGAGCAUCGGUAACCUGGUGAAGAUUCUCCAUGGAACGAGAGGAGAACUCCUCUUGGAUGUAGCUUGGCAUCCUGUUCGACCCAUCAUAGCAUCCAUUUCUAGUGGAGUGGUAUCUAUCUGGGCACAAAAUCAAGUGGAAAACUGGAGUGCAUUUGCACCAGAUUUCAAAGAAUUGGAUGAAAAUGUAGAAUAUGAGGAAAGGGAAUCAGAGUUUGAUAUUGAAGAUGAAGAUAAGAGUGAGCCUGAGCAAACAGGGGCUGAUGCUGCAGAAGAUGAGGAGGUGGAUGUUACCAGUGUGGACCCCAUUGCUGCCUUCUGUAGCAGUGAUGAAGAGCUGGAAGAUUCAAAGGCUCUAUUGUAUUUACCCAUUGCCCCUGAGGUAGAAGACCCAGAAGAAAAUCCUUACGGCCCCCCACCUGAUGCAGUCCAAACCUCCUUGAUGGACGAAGGGGCUAGUUCAGAGAAGAAGAGGCAGUCGUCAGCAGACGGGUCCCAGCCACCCAAGAAGAAGCCCAAAACAACCAAUAUAGAACUUCAAGGAGUACCAAAUGAUGAAGUCCAUCCACUACUGGGUGUGAAGGGGGAUGGCAAAUCCAAGAAGAAGCAAGCAGGCCGGCCUAAAGGAUCAAAAGGUAAAGAGAAAGAUUCUCCAUUUAAACCGAAACUCUACAAAGGGGACAGAGGUUUACCUCUGGAAGGAUCAGCGAAGGGUAAAGUGCAGGCGGAACUCAGCCAGCCCUUGACAGCAGGAGGAGCAAUCUCAGAAUUGUUAUGAAGACCCUUGAAGUUCUUCGUUCUUCCCCACUUUGCCAUCAUGUGGCCUCUGGACACUGUGGUCAGUCAUUUGAGAUUGACUUUAAUUUAAAACAAAGGCCUCUGCCUCCCACCCAGGAGGUGGGAGGAGUGAAUUUUAUGUUUGAAUGAAGAAGUGAAUUAUGGAAGAAGAGUAUAUGUCCCUUACCUUCCUUUUCAAGUAUAAGUCCAAAUAGGCUCUCAGGAAUGAGGAUUGUGAAGACAUCAAAUAGGAGUUUUGACUCAUUUAAACUUUGAUGCUUAGUUAUAUUGCUGGAGAAAAAAUACCCAUGUGUUGCUCAUACAACGUUAUUGUACCCAGCAUCACUUUGGCUGUCAUUUCCUGUCUCCUGUUAGCCUUCCAUCCUCAGUGCAUGUCCUUGAGUGACUUGUUCUUAUCUGAAAUUUUGCUACAAUAUCCUAGGGAAACUUCUGUUGCUAAUUCUCUUUCUUUCAUUUUUUAAACUUACCUUCCCCCCAGAUAUCUCCUAUAUUUCCAUAUUGUGUACAAAGGAUGGGCAGGAAAGAACGUGCUUGAAAAAUUUUAAAUUUUCAGAAAGGGAAGAAAGAUAAGAAGGCCCCCCUAUACCUACCGUACUACAUUUUGCUCGAGAAGCUGGGCUGUAAGAGAUUCAAGGUUUUUCCUUGUUUUCCUUUCAUUGCAUGUUUCCCUCCAGUAUUGGUUCAUUGUCAUUAAUCAUGGUUUUUGAAGAUAGCUAGUUUUGUCCAUCUCCAGCAAAGAAUCAUCAGCAGUGUGUAUCACUUUAUGUGUGCUGGCUUCCAGAGAUGGAAACAAACCAAGGUGUCACUCAACAAGCUUCUUUUUUAUUGGGAUUGGGGAAUCUAUGCAAUGACUAGGGUAAAACCAUCCAAAAUCAAAGCAGCAGCAACACAGUUCAAAUCAAAGAUUAAGGUGAAAUUUUUUUUUUAUCAUUGCCUGUGGAAAUCUGUUCCCAUCAGUCCCUUCCUGUAUCUAUGCUCCUUUUUCUAUGUUUUCGGUCACUUCCUUUCUGUGAAAGGUUGCUAGCUUUUUUGCCUUUUUUUGCUUUUGUUGUUCUUUAGAUAGAAAGAGUGGAUAGAUGUGUACAUUAGGUGUUUGAUUCUCUGAAAAUUUAGUCAGGAAGCCAGGCACUCAGUAGCCUCCCUGAGUAGUGCUUUUAGUUGACCAGAAGUGCUUAACCUGGAUCAUCAUUUUGUCGGUAUUUUCAAAGGAGAAUUCAAAUAUUGUGCUUAUGGUGAAAUCUUUAUCAGUUGGUGGAUGCUCCUGUAGGUAGCCAAACACAUUGAUUACCUUUUAGAUUUUAGGAUAGAAAUCAAAGUAGAACACAUCAGUAAGAGCCUCUUUCUCCCAUUCCAUCCUUUAGAACCAGUAUAUUCAAUAAUUGAAGAAAGAGCUCUCCCUGAGUCAGUUUCAAAACAUCUGUAUGGUUAGAUGCUAUUACUUUUUCUUUAAAUGCUCAUUUUGUGAAUUGCAUAUGAGUUAGACCAGUGGUUGAGAUUGGUAAGUGGAUCACUAGACAUGUUUUUGUUUUACAGAUAUUAUAUCCAUUCCAGUUUUCUUUGUCCUUUCCCCUGCAAUAGUGUGCAAACUGUGUGAUGCAAAGCGUUUCUGCCUUAUUUCCGUGUGUGAAGUGGCUUGGUUUCCCCUGCCUUCUGCCUGUGCAUCUGUGUGUUUGUGCUGUGUCCACCUCCUAAACUAGCUACUGAGAAAAGCGACUUAAGCCCUGUCAGAUUGUCUCUGGCAGCAGCUCCUAAUAAUUAUUUAUGCUUUUGGAAUUUUUUUUUUCAACUCCUAAAACCUUCUAUGUUAGUUUGACUUUCUUGAUUUGUACAAUAUAUGUAUAUUCUCUUCCUUUUUGUCACCUCCCCACUCCCCCAUUGUUUGUUUUUUUAAAAUGUUCUGUAGUUUUGUACAAGAUGAGACUUAGCCUUGGGUAUAUCUUGCUGAAGCUUUAAUGCUUUGUAAAUAAAAUCGGAUGUUUAUUAAAGAACAGGUGUAGAUGUU